AUGGAGCAAACCCGACAAGAAACCGCUCCUAAAUAUGAUCGCGCACCUUACCUAGAGGACAGUCCGCUGGCGGACGGUCUUCCUUUUCAGCGAGAAACCAAACCUUCAUGGAAGAUGCUGUUCGAAUUUACACGAUGGUCUCAUGCGGCGCCCCUCGCCACUGCCCUCGUUGCUUCGGCUGCCGUAGCCGGUUUCAAGGCCUCUCUUUCGGUUAUCCUCGGGCAGAUAUUCGAGAUCAUUGCGGAAUUCGGAACGGGAAGUCGCAGUAGUGAAAGCAGCAUGGCUGGCAUAUCUCGAUGGGCACUCAUUCUAGUUGGAUUAGGGGUCGGCAACUCAAUCGCCCACGCGGUUUUCCUCACUUUCUGGAUAAUUUUCGGGGAACUCCAGGCUCAAAGUGCGCGUCAUCGCAUGUUCAAUUGCCUGGUGAGCAAAGAAAUGGAAUGGUUUGAUGUCCAGGAAGAGGGCAUCUCGAGCCUUCUCAUUCGAAUGCAGACACAAACUCGCGAGCUUCAACUAGCGACCUCUCAAAUACUUGGGUUUCUUGUUAGCGAAGGCAUGACUGCCGUCGCUUCCCUCUGUGUUGCGUUCUACUUUUCUUGGAAGCUCACUCUCGUCAUUCUCACAACCAUUCCUGUCUCUAUCGUCAUUUUGUCCCUCGCUACUCGAAAAAUAGAGCCUGCAAUCCAAAUGCAGAAGAAAUAUCUCGCUACGGCUUCGAAACACGCCACAGCAUCCCUCAUGGCGAUUGAUCUUGUCAAAGUCUUCGGCGGCUACGACCAAGAACUGAAACGCUACCUCCACUUUGCCAACCUCGCUUCAAUUCAUUACCUGGUGCAGGCACUCUGUAACUCGAUACAAUUGGGAUAUGUCUCUUUUUGGCUUAUUCUAACAUUCGUGGUUGGCUUUUGGUAUGGGGCUGCAUUAAUCGAUGAUGGUCUGUCCCCAGGCAGUGUGAUGAGCACAUUCUAUGCAGUCCUAACCGCGUUCCAAGGCGCCGAAGCGCUCAUCCCCCACUGGUUGGUGUUUUCAAAAGGAAUGUCUGGUGGCAAAUUUCUUUCAUCUGUGAUGCCAAGUGGUAGAGAGAAAGGCCUACCUCGAAAAAUGGGCGGUAUGCUACGACCACAAAUCUGCGCUGGCAACAUCGAGCUGCGAGAUGUAUCAUUCUCUUAUCCGUCAAAUCCAAAUCGAAUCACCCUCAAUCAGUGCUCUUUCUCUUUCCCAUCAGGUGAGGUAACCUUCAUUGUUGGGAAAAGCGGCUCUGGGAAAAGCACCGUCGGUAGUCUCAUCUCCAACUUUUAUCAACCCGCGACAGGCGACAUUCUGAUCGAUGGGAGGUCCAUGCGCAUCAUCCAAGAAGAUUGGUUGCGAGAAAAUAUUACGCUUCUUCAGCAGUCCAGCGUCUUGUUCAACGAGAGUUUCAAAACCAAUGUCGCUUUUGGCCAUCGCUCACCCGAUUCCGUAUCCAGCCAAGAUAUUAUCUCCGUAUGUAAUGACGUACUACUUCAGUCUACCAUUGCAGGACUUCCUCAGGGCCUAGAUACCAAUGUUGGUCCUGAGGGCCAUAGCUUGAGCGGAGGUCAGAAGCAGAGACUCGCGCUGGCUCGAGCACGACUCCGAAAUCCUCCUGUGUUAGUCUUGGAUGAAGUCACAAGCGGACUUGACCAGGUAAAUCGAGUCUUGGUCAUGGAAUCUCUACGCUGUUGGAGACGCAACAAGACCACCAUCAUUAUCACUCAUGAUAUUUCACAAAUUCUCCCAGAUGACUUUAUCUACGUCAUGGACGACGCAGGUAUUGUUGAAGAGGGCUUCAAGCGUGACCUCGUUCAAAAACCCGAAGGGUUUUUCGCAUCGUUUGACUCUCCCGGGUCUCAAGAAGGGCUCAAGCUUGAAAUCAACGUGCGCUCGCCCACACCACCAGAUUCUUCGCCGAUCACUCCUAUCAUACCGUCGUCCUCGGGUCUCAUGGCCGAUCUUUUCCUACGGGGGCUAGAAAAUCAUUCUUCUCGAUACAGUUAUGGCGGUGGUGCUCGUAGGACGUCAUUCGGGGCCGCAGCUAGCUAUGCGGCUCAAAUGAAAGCAGAACGUUCAUGGGCUUCACCAGCUAAUGUCUCGGCGCGCUCGUCGGCAGUCCACAGAGACGUAGAGCUGGAAGAUCUGGGCGACGAGCGCAAAAGAUUCUCGCGAUUUUUAACCGAAAGAUUUGUCCUCGACAAAGAACUGGAGAGAAAUCAUCUGAUAUUCCCUUUUUCCCGAUCCUCGCAGGCGGGUGCGUACCUGCGCUUAGAGGACCAUCCGAAGAGGCACUCAAUCGUUCCUGGUCCCCUGUCUAUGAAGAGGCCUUCAUACAAAGUAGCAAGUGGCGCUUCGCCUUUCCACGACAAAGAAUCCACGAUACAAGAAGAAAAUCUCUCAGUGAGGAGCUCGGCCAACCCCGAAAACUCCUCCUGGUCAUCUGGUAACCACCACCAUGAUGAGGAAGAUGCUUUACCUAAUUCCGCGCCAUUUCAGCAGCCGGAGGUGUAUAUUAAUGAUAAGGAACCGAAGGCCAAGGACUCAAUUUUCACCACGCUCAAAACUGUUUGGCCGAUCCUGGGCAUUAAGGACAGGAUCACCCUCGUUUGUGGCAUUUUAGCCACAGUUGUUGGUGCAGCUGCCACUCCCGCAUUCGCAUAUUGCUUCGCCCAACUUCUUGGUGUAAUGACAACGCCUGGAAACAAGUCACAGCAAGGAAUGAAGUGGGCAGUCUCGAUGCUUGCCAUUGCGAUUGUUAACGGCAUCGGAAUCGGCGGCGGUCGUUACCUGCUAGAGAAGGCAGCCCAGGCUUGGGUGAGCAACAUUCGAAAGGAGGCCUUGCGACGAAUUCUUCUUCAACCCAGGUCGUGGUUCAACAAAUCGAAGAAUUCUCCUAGUCGUAUCAAUGAGUGCCUUGACAGGAAUGCGGAAGAGAUGCGGAACAUUGUGGGCAGGUUUGUGCCAAUUAUGACUGGGGUGUUAACCAUGAUCAGCAUCUCCCUUCUCUGGGCGUUUGUCGUAUCGUGGAAGCUGACACUGGUGGCGUUGGCACCCGUGCCGCUAGUCUUUGCAACAAUUCAAGGCUUUGGCUUGAUCACCGGGAAGUGGGAGGGUCGAUGCAACGAAGCUGCGGAGGAAGCAAGUGCCUCACUCACCGAGGUAUUGCUCAAUAUCCGCGUGGUCAGGGCGUUGGCGCUGGAGAGGUACUUCAGGAUCAAGUACGAGUCGCUCGUGAACGUUGCUCUAAACACGGGGCUUAAACGAUCUGCCUUCUCAAGCCCUCUAUUCGGCAUCUAUCAAUCCGCCGGAUACUUCCUUACCGCGCUGGUGUUUUACUACGCCACCACGAUGUUAGUCGAUGAUCGAGAGCUAGGCGUCGCAGAAAUUAUGCAAGUGGUCAACUUGCUGAUCUUCGGUAUCGGCAUGGCGACCUCCAUGCUAAGCAGCCUUCCACAGCUUGUCAUGGCCCAGGCGACAGCUUCACAAAUGCUCGGUUUUGCAGGCCUGCCGACACAACCGCCUGAAGGUCACCAGGGGAGAAGGAUAAUGGAGAGUCCUCUUCCAAUUAAAUUCGACAAUCUUCGAUUUUCUUACUCCCCUCGAGGCGGCGAGGAAGUGUUGAGGGGUGUCUCAUUUGAAAUACAGCCAGGACAAUGCACCGCUAUAGUUGGUCAUUCAGGAUGCGGGAAGUCCACGAUUAUCUCUCUCAUUCUUGCUCUUUAUCCUCCCACAAAUAAGAGAUUUAAUCCGCGUUCAUCUUCAUCUCUGACCUUCGCUGGCUUUCCCUUCUCCGAAGUCGACAUCGACCGACUUCGUUCGACAAUGGCCUACGUCUCCCAAUUCCCAUUUCUGUUCCCCGGCACAAUUAGCGAGAAUAUCGUCUAUGGUCUCCCGAUAGACUCUCCCUACCGCCAUAUGCGCGAUAUACAACAUGCGGCUCAAGCAGCCGGCAUUGAUGAGUGGAUUGAUUCGCUCCCCCAAGGGUAUCACACUCGUGUAGGCGACGGCGGCCAAGCAUUAUCUGGUGGGCAAGCACAAAGACUAGGCAUCGCCCGGGCACUUGUGCGUCGGCCACAUCUUCUCGUGAUGGAUGAGCCAACAAGCGCUCUCGACGCGGAAAGCGCAGCCACGAUUCGCGAGACCAUCAAAGGGCUGAAGAGCAACCGAGAUAUGGGCAUCGUCGUGGUGACCCAUAGUAGUGAGAUGAUGAGUGUGGCCGAUCGGGUCAUCAUGCUUGGCCAGGGGGGUGUUGUUCUCCAAGAAGGAGGAUUCUCAGAACUACUGGCUGAAGGCGGCCCAUUUUUGAGACUGGUUAAAGGCAUCGGCAGUUGUGAGGGCGAAGCAUCUGAUGAAGAUUCUCCUCUACAACCACAUCGGUGA